AUGUUUGGGCGGGGGUGGAGCCUGAGCUGGCUGUCGGAGUCGCUGCCGAACAAGCCCCACACCCAGAUGCAGUGGCGCUCCGUCCCGGGCUACAAGGGUCCAGGGGGGUCCCUGGAGGUGCCAAACAGGGGCCAGCUGCUGUUCCGGCGCUUUGGCCCCGACUCAUGCAUCGUGGAGCUGACCAUCGGUUACGAGGUCCCCGGCCUGUUGCAGCCCUUUGCCAGCGUGCUGACCCCCACCGUGGAGGGCAUCUUGCGCACUGACAUGCAGCGCUUUGCACGCUAUGCCGUGGACCACCAGGCACGACCACAGGCUUGA